AAGUUGGUAGCCGCUUGACCAAUCAGAAAAGGAGAAUCUGAACGGAAGUUACGCUUUUGCCUUAAAUAAGAGAAAUGGAACAUGGCGUCAGAUUCAAACGGAAUUUGAGGGUGAAAGGGAAUUGCAGCAAUGCCCACUGAAUCUCCAAAUGGUUCGAAGUCACGACACAGAGACAAAACUCUAAUCAGGACGAAGGAGACCGCACAGUCCAAACAAAGCAUUCGGGCAUCACAGAAGCAUGCUACACAGUCGCCUAAGUCAUCCCAAAAUGAGAUCGCAAGACUGAAAGAGAUUAUUGAUAAACUUCAAAGUGAGCAACAGAGUCUCCAAAGCAAAGAGAUGGAGGACUUCAAUGGCUCCUCGGACCUGAGAUGGAAAGUCAACAAAUUGGAGAAGGACAAGCUGGAAUUAUCGACCAAGUACAAUGAAGAGGUGUCCAGGUACGAGGGAGAGAUGGCCAAGCUCCGGGCCGCUGUGGAGCGGGGGGAGGCUCAGCGGCAGAACCUGGAGUACGAGAUCGCUCUGGUCAGACGGGAGGCAAUGGCGGGGAAGAACGUGGCUGAGGAGAGGGCCGCUGCUCUCCACAGCAAGAACGAAAAGCUACAAGCCCAUGCCGCUGAGCUGCAGCAGCGGGUGUCAGACCUGGAGAAGGCCCUGAACCUGACCAGACGCGCGCGGGACGAGGACCAGCAGGCCCUGCAGGGGGAGCUGCAGGAGCGGGACCGCCUCCUGAUGAGCGCCAACGCCGAAUGCGACCAGCUCGCCGCCGAGAGGAAACGGCUGGAGGCUCUGCUUCAGAAUCAGGAGGACACGCUGAAGGAGAUGCACAGGAAGAUGGAGGCGAUGCAGGAGGAGAGGGAGAGAGACACGGAGAGCCUGAGGAGGCAGGCCGGGGAGAUCUACUUUGUCUCGGAGAGAGAGCACCGCGCCAAGAUGGAGCUGGAGGCAGCUCAGCUGCGAGUGAGGACCCUGGAGGAGAGUGUAGAGUCCGAAAGGGCAGCACACCUGGAGUCCAAAUUAAACUCUGAGAUCAUACAGCUGCGUAUCCGGGACCUGGAGGCGGCGCUGCAGGUGGAGAAGGUGGCCCAGGUGGAGGCUGCCUCCAGUCUGGAGCUGAUGAAGCUCAAGUUUGGGGAGGUGGAGAGGGCCUACGAGCAGGAGAGGGACAAGGCCAGAGACUCCCUGCAGCAGCUGGCCCAGGCUGCAGCGCGGGUGCAGCACGCCGGUCUGGAGGAGGCGCUGGAGAGCUUCCGGCGGGACCUGGAGCAGACGCUGCGGCAGAGCGCUGCGUGGGACCCCCGCUCCGCAGAGGAGCCUGGAGAGAACCGCAGGCUCGGCCUGCACACGCUGCUGGACGGGCUGAGGAAGACUCUGGGCCACUACCAGGACUCGCUCGAGAGGACCACCAGAGAGUUGCGCGAUCUUAAAAAGAUGUACGAAAGUGCCGUUCAGGAAUGUAAAUUAUAUGAAGAAAUGAACAGCACCCUGAAGAAGAAUAUGGAGGAAGUGCACGUUGGCCUGGCGCGCGCCGGCGAGGAGGUGAUGCGGCUGCGGGGCGAGUGUGCGGACAGCGCGGCGGCGGCGAGCCGCGCCCAGGCCGAGCUCUCCGCCGUGCGCCAGCGCUGGAAGGUGGAGCGGGACCGCGCCUCCGAGGCCGAGAUCGAAGCUCAGCGGCUCAGCCAGCUCUACCAGAAGGACUCGCAGAACGUUGCCCCUGUCUCAGUAGCAGUGGAAGAAUUAAGCUCUCUCUCUCUCUCCCCCCAGAUAUCCCAUCUGGAGUUUGUCUGUCAGAACAAGAGCGAGGCGGUGAGGGAGCUGCAGCAGACGCAGGAAAGCACCUUCAGCAAGCUGGCCCAGCAGGUGAAGAGCAGGGAGGAGGACUGGCAGAGUCAGAGGAGGGAGCUGGAGGAGCACUACGCCAGUCUGAGCGCAGAGGUGCAGGCCAGAGCACAGAGGUGGCAGAGCGCGGCAGAGCAGGCCCAGGAGAAGGCCGACAGCCUGGAGAAGAGCCGGGCGGAGGCGGCGCAGGACCUGGCUCGCCUGCAGAACCUGGUGCCCCAAACGCGGCGGGAGCGGGGCACCCUGCUGGCGGCGUGUGCCCUGCUGGCGGGCGCCCUGUGCCCGCUGUACUGGCAGCUCUGCUCCCUCGCCCGUCAGAAGGCCCUGCUGCAGAGGCAGCUGGGCGCCAGCCGGGCGCUGGAGGGCGAGAUCCUGGCCCUGGUGAGCGCCCUCACAGCGGAGGGCGAGCGUGGGGGGGCGCGGCCGGGGCCGGGGGCGGGGGCCAGGGCUGGGGGCGCCCGCGCCUUCCGGAGGUGCGCCAUCGCCGUGAUGGCGGCCGGACGCUUCUGCCGGCUCGGGCAGCGCUCCCAGAUCCUCUUCAGCCUGGAGCAGGGGCGCGGCGACCUCCCCGCGCUGUCCGUCUGCACCACGGAGAGCAGGGAUCCAGCAGGGGGCAGCGGGCAGGACAGGGGCGAGCGUCACACCAGUCUGGCUCUCCGCUGGUUCCAGAGCAGAGCGCUGCUGGAUCUGGUCCUCAGCACCGUGGGGGAGCUCCAGGAGCUGGUGGCUAAAGAAGACCCCGGUGCUCCGCCCCCCCGGCCCCCCCAGCCCGCGGUGUUGGCGGCCGCCCGGAGCUGCUUCGCCCGGCUGAUGGAGCGGCUCCUGCUGGAGAUGGACGGCGCCUCCCGGUGGUCGUGUGGGGAGAAGGGAGCGCUGGGCCAGAGGCUGGGGCAGGGCCUGCUCAGACUCAGCCGCAUGGCUCCCCAGACUGACCCUGCUGCUGCUGCUUCUACAGGCAAGGGCGCGGUGGCCGCGCUGCAGAGGCUGGUGCUGGAGUUCACGCAGCGGCUGCACUCGGCGGAGGUGGAGAGGCGGAGCCUGCGCGUGGAGCUGGCCGAGCUGAGCCCCGCCGGAGCGCCAGUGGGCGUGCCCGUGGAGCGCUUUGAGAGCGUGUGCGCGGAGCUGAGCAGCGCUCUGGAGCGGGAGCAGCAGGCCCAGGCGCUGCUCCACGAGCAGGCCCUGCAGCUGAAGGAGCUGGGCCUGCGGCUGGAGCUGCACUCUGGGGAGGAGGCCGAGAAGGACCACACCCUCGCCCAGGCCGUCAAGAGUCUCUCGGAGGCGAAGACGGCGCUGAAGAGGAAAGAUCAAUGCCUGCGUCAGCUGAGCCGGCAGCUGUCCCAGCUGCAGCAGGACAAGCGGCAGCUGGAGCAGAGCGUUGGGCAGGCCGAGAGCGCCCUCCGCCUGGCAGCCCAGAGUAAGGACACCCUGGCGGGGUACGUGAGGUCGGUGGAAAGCCGUCUCAAUGACGUCAAAGAGCGCAUCUUGCUGUCACGGUCGGCGGCCACCAGGGAGGACUUCACCCUCCAGUUACCCAGAGUGCACCUGGACGCGGCGGGCUCGGAGAGGCUGACGGGCGGGCCGGAGCUGACGGCGUGUCAGAGCCUGGUGUCCUCCUUGGUGGACGUGUACCAGAUGGCCUGCUCCAGGAUGGCGCUGCUGGAGAAGGAGACCGCCUCGCGGCAGACCCACAUCGCGGACCUGAAGAGCGAGCUGCAGGACGCCUGCCUGCGGGAGAACCAGUGCUUCGUCCCGGGUGUCCUACACGCCACGGGCUGCUCUUACAGGCUUGUCGACAGCGCCGGCCCGUGUGAGGUGCCUGAACCCCCUCUGUCCCCGCAGUCCCCUCGCGCACCACAGAGGGCGCUGGACUUGGAGUUGCUCCAGGCGGAAUCAGACGUCCCUCUCAGACAGAGCCCCAGACACGCUCGGUCCCAGUGGGCGGGGUCCCAGUGGGCGGAGUCCCAGCGGCCUGGCUCCUCCCUCUCGGGGUCCCUGAAGACCUCCCGUGAGCCGCGGGACUCUGUGAGGAGCCCCUAUCCUUUUGGGACGUUCUGGUCUUCCAAAUAAACCAUCUGCACACUUACCAGACCUGGGUCAAAUACGUGUUUUUUUUUUUUUCCAAAUACUUUUCUACGCUUUACUGAUCUUGUCUGGUGUAUUGGAACCAAUGAAAUACUCUCAAAAAGUGCAAACCCCCGCCUUCUGGUCAUAUUGGCAGGCUCAAUUACACCAGGCAAGAUCAAUAGAGCACAGAAAAGUAUUUGAAUCCAAAACAAAUACGUAUUUGACCCAGGGCUGGAACUUACUAAAUGAACCAUCUGCGAACUUACGUGUGACUUAUGGUGUGAAGUAGAUUAUUUUUAAUGAGAGAAUGCCUUUACACGUUUUAUUUUGCUUGGUAUUUGUCCAGAUUAAUUUGAACCACACAUUUAUUGUAUUUAUUAUUUCUGAUGGUUAAUGCUGUGCUUCCUUUUCUCCCUUUGCAAUGUGAUUAACAAAAAUGAGAAAAGAAAGGAUUAAAAAAGUGUGUCUGUUA